AUGUUCUUGAGGUAUUUCGAGAGCCGCGCUGGGGCUAUACUUGCGCGGAGUUGUCACGACUCAAAAGGCAAUCUUCUCGCGCUCCCUCUGUGCCGGCCUCGAGAAGAGGGCGAGAAACGCAACCGGUUUUUCGUCGGAACCCACGUGCAAUGUACCGAUGGUCAUCAUCAUCUAUACCGCACCAUCGGACUGGCCAAGCGGGCAUUGGCACAGGUUCUACAGUCCCUAAAACCGACGGAACUCGAAGUGACACUCCUCCGCCACCACCCACAGCCCCCGAUCCCGAAAUCACUCUGCCUCAGCGCCAACCUCCCAACGUGUAUCGUAUGGAAGUCUUCCGAAUGGUUCACACAUCCGGAGACGGUCUACGCCAUCGCUCCUCACAGCAUCUCAGCCCUCCGCGCGUCCGGCUUUGCUACUUCUACUUUGCGGGUGCAAAAAUUCCCCGAGGAAGAAGAACCGGGGACCAUCAUCAUGGAGACCACGCUGACAUCCUGGAACGAGAACCAUGAACACACCCCGCGCACCAUCGAGCUUUCUAUACUGCUGACGCGCUUCCAGCACGGAGGAACUUAUCUGGACCCGAGCAGCGCGACGGCAUACUUCUCCAUCAAGGGUGUGCGAUCCAUCGGGUCACACUGUCCUUGGCCCACUCCCUCCAUUUACACCACCGCCUCCCCUGACGACCCACGCCGCUAUGCUGUUCAAGUGCUGAAAGAGGUCCCAAACCAAACGUACUGUGACGCUCACACCUUUCAAUACGACUCAAAGGGCAAACCCGCCAGCCAUACAAUUGCCCACACCGAGCACAUUGUCAACAUAGACGGUCAAUGGAACCUUAGGCCGCAAUCAGCGAUCUGCAUGGCUCGGACCAUACGGGUUGCGCUGCAAUUUCCUUUCGCGAGUACGGUCGGUCCAUACAUCACAGACCUCUGGAUGUCUAUCGAUAUGUCGGACAGCUUCGAAUGCACGCUCCCUUACAAGAGCGUUUCGGACCGGUCCUCGCCACAAAGGAUUGAUGGAGUCGGCAGCGAAGACAUUUCGUAUAACUCCUGUGAGGACGAGGACGAGAAUUUCACCCCCUCCUUGACCGCAAAAGGAGCUACAAUGACUGCGGUGUCCUCAGAGCGUCCUCACAGUUCAUCUUCCGCAGCGACCACCACUUCACCGGACUCGGAUCAAGUCAGGCAUUCGGGGACUUCCACCCAUUCACGUCUCAGUGAAAAGCGGCGACGUCAAGCCAGCUUGGACCUGGAUGCGAAGUCAUUGGGAAGUGAUCGCUCUCAGCGGGCUCGCCUCUCCUCUCCCCAGGAGUACAGUGAUUGGCUCUUAAGCACGCCGCCAGUUUUGUCUCAUGGACGAUUGGACCCGAGCCCCUCUCACUCGGGGGUAGCCCAAAUGGGAAACAUCGACGGACACGGGACAUACUCAGACGAUCAGAGCGCCACCGAGGACCGGGCUUGGAGCAGAAGCGCAGGAGAGGAACUCGCGAUCAUUUCCCGACCGGAGGCGGAGACCAUCCCUCCCAACAGGCAGAUUAAUGAACAGAGCGCCGCCAACCACGCAGGUGCUACACUGCCGGGAUUCCCAGGGCUCGUCAAAUGGCUCCAUGAUAUACGCCGGAGUGAUUCCCCCGAGGAUUUGGGAACACAGCAGUCGCCGUCCAGACACCUUCCUUCCGCACCGACCACUCCCCUCACACACUCUCUCUCUGAAAAUGCCAAUAUACCGGACGCGAGUCAGGAAACCAUUGAGACGCUACGACGCGAGAACGUCGCUCUGAACGCCCGGAUCGCAGACCUGGAAACAAAUAAUGCGAACUUGGCAUUGCGGAUGUCAGAAAUCUCUAAUAGGCUUGACACCCUGACGCAUCACAAGGUACGCACUGAUAUCACUCGAGUUUUCUAUCACGGCUGGCUCACUCGACCUGCUGCAGCACUCGCUCCCGGAGCCGUCGAUGGUCGGGAAGAACGUCAAAUGGACUCGUUCAUGGGCUUGACUGCGACGAUUCUCCAAGUAGACGCGAGAACGCCACCAUCCGAGCGGAGAUAG